AGCGCACCCGCACAAUAAAAACGUCCACAUUCAAAACCCAAGAAAAAAGCAAGGAAAAAUCCUCAAUAUUUUCGCUUCAAACCCUCUUUAGACUAGCUCUUCAUAUUGGGUUUUGGAUCCCCACUCAACAUCUGUUUUUCUCUCUCUUUUCAGAAAAAGGGUACCCAAAGGCUUCUCACCCAGGAAAGAGGAGUGUUCAAUCUGAUGUCUACGUUGGGCAAUUCUACAAACAUCUUUUGGCAUGAAUGUCCAGUUGGGAAGCUGGAAAGGCAAAAGCUAUUGAACCAACAGGGUUGUGUAGUAUGGAUAACAGGGCUCAGCGGAUCAGGGAAAAGUACACUUGCAUGCUCACUUGGUAGAGAAUUACACUCCAGGAGAAAACUUUCAUAUGUUCUUGAUGGAGACAACCUUAGGCAUGGUUUGAACAAGAAUCUUGGUUUUACAGCAGAAGAUCGAACUGAAAAUAUUCGCAGGGUUGGGGAAGUUGCAAAGCUCUUUGCAGAUGCUGGAAUUAUAUGCAUUGCCAGUCUGAUUUCUCCUUAUAGAAAAGACCGUGAUGGUUGCCGUGCAUUAUUGCCUGAUGCAAAUUUUAUUGAGGUUUUCAUGAAUAUACCUCUAGAAGUGUGUGAAGAAAGAGACUCAAAAGGCCUUUACAAGCUUGCACGUGCUGGAAAGAUCAAAGGUUUCACUGGAAUCGAUGAUCCUUAUGAACCACCAUUAAAUUGUGAGAUUGAGAUCCGACAGAAAGAUGGAGUUUGCCCAACACCAGGAGAGAUGACAGGUCAAGUAGUAUCAUACUUGGAGGAAAAAGGAUUUCUGCAAGUUGAGGGAUCAAUUCCACAUUGAGUUCAUGCUCCCAUUGAUCUCUGCUUGACUUUCUUUGUCAUAGCGAAAUAUCACACUUUAAACACAUAUGGCGGAUAGACGUCUCAUUUUAGGAUAAAGGAGAGAGGGCGCAUCGUGUUCUCCAAAGUUUAUGAAGAGCAUUGUCUGGAUUGAAAAAAAAAAAAAAACUGUUCUUAGUUUUACAUCAUAGGUUUUUUGAUUGAUGCAAAUGAGAGAUUAUGUGAAAUGUUCAUUAGAUGGCAUUUUUAUUCAUGAAUUUAUAUCAAGUACAAUCUCCCACAUUGCUUUUUUGUAUUGUAUACUUGUCAUAAACGAGUCGAAUUUGCUGAGUUUUGAGU